CUCUUGUAACGAUUUUUUGUCCCCGCUUGAAUUGGUUUUUGGCUACUUCAUCGUUUUAAUCAAUUUGUUUGACAAUCUUUCUUAUUUUUAGUUUUAUGUCGUAUAUUCUGAUUCUUGUCUCUGUCUCCCUCUCAAUUCACCACCCCCACCAAAAAUAUUCAUAGAAUUAGUGUUCAAAUAUAUUACUAGCACCUUCCUCUGAAGGGCCAAUAACAACCAGUUCUCCAUUAAAAUGGCGCAAGAUGAAGCAGAGUCAACUCUAGAACUACCAGAGUGUCCAGUUUGUCUACAACAAUACGUUGACGUUUCAACCAUCCCACGAGUCCUUGCCUGUGGCCACUCCACCUGUGAAGACUGCUUGACACAGUUACAAAACCCCUUUCCCUGUACAAUCCGCUGUCCAGCUUGUACUCAGCUUGUUAAACUUCCCAACCCCAUUUCAUCUCUCCCCAAGAACAUUGAUCUAUUACGCUUCUCCAACACCUCAAAGAGUUCCAAGAACCAUGUUUCAACCCAAAAAUAUGAUAAAGAUCAUGUUUUUAUCAAACCCCUUUUGUGGUCUCAUGAGUUUUACUCAAUUUGGAAAACAUGGGUCCUACCAGAGGAUAGUUUAGUCAUUGAAUCAAAUGGUUCUGUGUGCUAUGGGAAGGUUUUGAAGGUUUCCAACAGUGUUUCUUCUAUGGGGUGUGUUUUGAAAGAGAAUGAAAAGGUUAGUCUUCUUGAAAUUGGAUAUUUUGCUGACUUGAAUAAGGGUUCGUGUUCUAAGUUUGAAUAUAGUUAUGAAGUGAAAGUUGUUAGUGUAUUGUAUGGAUUGAGUGAAGGGGAGAGGAACGAGUUGGAGUCAAUCAUCAAAGCAAGUUUAGCACUUCAUGUAAUGUCUAAGGUUUAUGGGUUUUGGUACAAUAUAGAUAAUCAUUGUGUGUACAUGGUCUCUGAGACAUUUAGUGGGAGUUUGUUGGGGAAGAUGGGUGUGUUAGGGAAUGCGGUUUUUGAGAAAAAUGCUGUGGAAAAGGUAAGUAAUGCAGCUGAGAUCGUGAUAGUUAGUUUGGAUAUAUGUCAAACGGUGAGUGAUUUGCAUUUGAGAGGAUUGCUUCCGGGUUGUUUGGGACUUUCUUGUUUUGGUUUUGACAAGUUUGGCCGCGUUUAUGUUGAUAUUUGUGAGGUUUUGGCAACAGGAAGGAGAGCUCGUAAGACGCUCACAGAGGUUGUUUUUGGGAAGAGCGGAACUGCUAGUGAAGAUUUGUUGGUGAGAUUAAGAAAUAACAUAGUGGAAGAUUGUGUUUUUGUUAGUCCAGAGGUAUUCUUUGAGUUGUCAAAACUGGAUGGUAUUGUGAUAGAAGGCAGCUCAAUGCAUGAUGUUGGAUAUGGUUCUGAUAUUUGGUCAUUAGCUUGUGCAAUCAUUUCACUUCUAGUUGGUAAACCAUUUACUGAAGAGAUGCAGAAUUAUUUGAGUUAUUUGGUUAAUGCAGUAAGAGAUGAAAAAGGUCCUGACUUUGUUAGAUGGUACGUGGAGUGGAGGCAACAGAUUGUAACUCUAAUUGAAUGCAGAUUGGGGUCAGAGUUUAUUGAUAUAAAGGAGAUUCUCCUCAAAUGCUUGGAAUAUAAUCCAGCAAAUCGGCCACUCAUAUCUGAACUGUGGAAAAUAUUAAGGGUCCUUGUGAUCGAAUCUGAACUUGAUGAGGUAAAAGACUUAAAGCAGGAAACAAGAAUGGAAAACAUAUGUAAUUGCGUAAUUCUUGGAUACUUUUGUCAGUCAAUUAAUAAGGUUAGUAAACAGUCACCAAGGUGCACUGAUGAUGCUUCUGCUGUGGAUAAUGUAAACGGAGAGGAGGCUGAUGGGGUUGGAAAUUUCGGGGCUAAUAAGGAUGUUGUUGAGGGCCUCUCGUGUGGUCAAAUGAAAUGCACUGAUCUAAAAGGACAUCUUAAUUGUAUCACAGGGUUAGCAAUUGGAGGUGGCUUUCUGUUCAGCUCGUCAUUUGACAAAAUGGUCAAUGUAUGGUCUUUGCAGGACUAUUCUCAUGUACAUUCAUUCAAAGGUCAUGAGCAAAGAGUUAUGGCUGUAGCUUUUGUAGAUUAUGGAGGACCACUGUGCAUUAGUGGUGAUAAUGGUGGUGCAAUUUGCAUUUGGCGAGCUAGCACUCCAUUAAGUCCAGAACCACUGCAGAAACUACAGGAGCAACAGGACUGGCGCUAUAGUGGUAUACAUGCCCUUGCUGUCUCUGGAAGCCAAUAUCUAUAUACUGGCAGUGGUGACAAGUCAAUAAAAGCAUGGUCAUUGCAGGAUUACAGUCUAUCAUGCACUAUGAAUGGCCAUAAAUCAGUUGUAUCUUCAUUAGCAAUAUGUGAUGAGGUUCUUUACAGUGGUAGUUGGGAUGGAACUGUAAGGUUAUGGUGCCUUAGUGAUCAUACUCCAUUGGCAGUUUUGGGGGAAGAAGCACCAGGAAGUGUUUGCUCAGUUUUUUGUCUUGCUGCUGAUGAGAAUACACUCAUUGCAGCUCAUGAGAACGGUUUGACAAAGAUGUGGUUUGACGAUAUUCUGGUGAAAUCUGUGAAAGAACAUGAUGGUGCCAUAUUCUCUGCAUACAAGAAGGAGAAAUGGAUUUUUACAGGUGGCUGGGACAAGACAAUAAAAGUAAAGGAACUAUCAAGAGAUGGUGAUCAGAUAGAUGCCGUUCCACUCGGAUCUAUUACAUGUGAUUCUGUAGUAACAGCUCUAAUCUACUGGCAAGGAAAGCUUUUUGUUGGACAAGCUGACGGAGUCAUCAAGGAAAGAGCUAAUGAAGUAAGAAAAUCCUGGAGUGGUAUUAGCAGCUUGAACAAUUGGGUUGUAAAAGAUUAUUACAGGCUUGUUAAUUCUGUCAAUUCCUUCGAGCCGCAAAUUCACGAUCUUUCUGAUGAGCAGUUGAGCGCAAAAACUGAGGAGUUUCGGCGCCGUUUGAGAGAAGGAGAUACACUAGCUCAUAUUCAAGCUGAGGCGUUUGCGGUUGUCCGUGAAGCUGCAAAAAGGAAGCUGGGAAUGCGCCAUUUCGAUGUUCAGAUUAUUGGAGGCGCAGUGCUCCAUGAUGGGGCUAUUGCAGAGAUGAAGACUGGAGAAGGGAAGACCUUGGUGUCCACGUUGGCAGCAUAUCUUAAUGCCUUAACCGGAGAGGGUGUUCAUGUGGUAACGGUGAAUGAUUACUUAGCUCAACGUGAUGCUGAGUGGAUGGGACGUGUCCACCGUUUUCUAGGUCUUUCUGUUGGUCUUAUCCAAAGAGGGAUGAAGAGCAAGGAGAGGAGAUCUAAUUACAGUUGUGAUAUUACGUACACAAAUAAUUCAGAACUCGGUUUUGACUAUCUUCGAGAUAAUCUUGCCACUAACCAUGAGCAACUUGUGAUGAGAUGGCCAAAGCCCUUCCAUUUUGCUAUAGUUGAUGAAGUUGAUUCAGUCCUCAUCGAUGAAGGAAGAAAUCCCUUGUUGAUAAGUGGUGAGGCUAAUGAGGACGCUGCUCGUUACCCUGUUGCUUCUAGAUUAGCUGAGUUGCUUAUUAAGGGUCUUCAUUAUAGCAUAGAGCUUAAGGAUAAUUCGGUGGAGUUAACUGAGGAGGGAAUUGCACUUGCCGAGAUGGCCCUAGAAACAAGUGACUUGUGGGAUGAGAAUGAUCCAUGGGCUAGAUUCGUCAUGAAUGCUUUAAAAGCCAAGGAGUUCUACAAGCGCGAUGUCCAAUACAUUGUUAGAAAUGGGAAGGCUCUUAUAAUCAAUGAGUUGACUGGAAGAGUGGAGGAGAAAAGGCGAUGGUCCGAGGGAAUCCAUCAGGCCGUGGAGGCUAAAGAAGGCCUUAAAAUCCAGGCUGAUUCUGUUGUCGUGGCACAAAUUACAUAUCAAUCUCUAUUUAAGCUUUAUCCAAAGCUCUCAGGGAUGACUGGGACUGCAAAAACUGAGGAAAAAGAGUUCUUGAAGAUGUUUCAAAUUCCAGUAAUUGAGGUGCCGACAAAUUUGCCUAACAUUCGUAAUGAUUUACCAAUUCAAGCUUUUGCGACUGCACGAGGAAAAUGGGAGUAUGUUCGUGAAGAAGUAGAGUUCAUGUUUCGAUUGGGUCGUCCAGUUUUAGUGGGGACAACAAGUGUUGAAAAUUCUGAAUACUUGUCUGACUUGCUGAAGGAAAGAAAAAUUCCACACAAUGUCCUCAAUGCUCGUCCCAAGUAUGCUGCUAGGGAGGCUGACACUGUUGCACAAGCAGGGAGAAAAUAUGCAAUCACCAUAUCUACGAACAUGGCAGGAAGGGGCACUGACAUAAUCCUGGGAGGAAAUCCAAAGAUGCUUGCGAAGGAAAUUUUGGAGGAAAGUAUACUUCCAUUUCUGACACAAGAUGUUCCUGAAGUUGAUGUUGAUGGAGAACCAAAUUCUCAAAAGGUUCUGUCAAAGAUAAAAGUUGGACCGUCAUCAUUGGCUUUGCUUGCUAAGGCGGCUCUGAUGGCUAAGCACGUUAGCAAAAAUGAGAGCAAGAAAUGGUCAUAUCAAGAGGCGAAGUCUAUGAUAUCUGAAUCCAUUGAGCUGAGUCAGUCAGUGGAGAUAAAAGAGUUACAGAAGCAGGCUGAUGAGCAGUCAGAAUUUUACCCUCUUGGUCCAUCCAUUGCUCUAACUUAUGUAUCAGUUCUUGAGGAUUGCGUGUCUCACUGUUUGAAUGAAGGGCUAGAAGUGAAAAGGCUGGGGGGGCUUCAUGUCAUUGGAACUUCUCUGCAUGAGUCCAGGAGAAUUGAUAACCAGCUUCGUGGUAGAUCAGGCAGGCAGGGUGAUCCUGGAUCAACACGGUUUAUGGUGAGCUUGCAGGAUGAGAUGUUUCAAAAAUUUAACUUUGACACUGAGUGGGCAGUGAACCUUAUAUCCAGGAUUACAAAUAAUGAAGAUAUUCCAAUAGAAGGUCAUGGAAUCGUUAAACAGCUUUUGGGUUUACAAAUCAAUGCUGAGAAAUAUUUUUUUGGAAUACGAAAGAGCCUAGUAGAAUUCGAUGAAGUUCUUGAGGUUCAAAGAAAGCAUGUUUACGAUCUUCGGCAAUUAAUUUUAACUGGAGAUUUUGAAAGUUGUUCAGAGCACAUUUUCAAAUACAUGCAAGCAGUGGUGGAUGAUGUUAUCUUUAAGAGUGUUAAUCCGCAAAAGCACCCAAGUAAUUGGUGCUUGGACAAAAUCUUAAAGGAGUUCAAAGAUCUUGCGGGCGAGCUAUUGGAUGAUUCAUUUGCCGGGAUUACCGAGGAAGCAUUACUUAAUUCACUUAUACAACUUCGGAAGUUGCUAUCUGUAUCUAUUGACAACUUUUCCCUUCCAAAUUUGCCUCCAACUCCAAAUUCUUUUAGAGGUAUACGUGGAAAGACCUCUUCUUUCAGACGCUGGCUAGCUAUAUGCUCUGAUGAUUCAACCAAGCAUGGGAAGUACAGAGAGAUGGUUAAUUUCCUCCGAAAGUACCUGGGGGAUUUCCUCAUUGCCAGCUAUUUAGAUGUCAUACAAGAAUCUGGAUAUGAUGCUGUAUACGUGAAAGAAAUAGAGAGGGCAGUACUUCUGAAGACAUUAGAUUGCUUCUGGAGGGAUCAUCUUAUAAACAUGAACCGACUAAGUUCAGCGGUGAAUGUAAGGAGUUUUGGGCAUAGAAAUCCACUCGAGGAGUACAAGAUCGAUGGUUGCAAAUUUUUCAUCUCAAUGCUCAGUGCAACUAGGAGGCUGACUGUGGAGUGUCUCCUUCGCUAUUGGUCAUCUCGGAUGGAAUCUCAAGAGUUAUAUAUUUAAUUAGUUGCUGUCUUUUCACAUGUUCUGUUGCUGCUUGUGUUCAGGAUCUUGGAUUCUCACUACCACCUCCCAUUCCGAGGGAUGAAUUUCCCCGUCUUAUUCCAGCUUACUGAAGAUGUACAGAUGGCAUGAUCUGGAUGCAUAGCCUGACUUCAUUAGCAACUUCUGCAAGUAACUAAAGUAGCAUUUCUGUAGUACCCGAAUGUCGUACUUUUCCCCCUCUUUAAUUUAGUUCUGUUUGAUAUCCUUAGGUAGGAGCACUGGAGCUCAGGUGGCUGUCCUUUGAAGCAGGGAUAAAUUACCUCUGAACAGUAUAGAGCAUCUUGCACAUACAAGGACUGUCAGAAAAAGACCAAGGAGAUUCAGGAAGACAAAAGUAGGAAGAUUCCUUUUUUUGAACUGUGUUGGCUAGUUAAAACUGUAUUGACAUGUAGUUUUUGUAGUUUCAAAGAAAAAAAAAAUCCGAGAUGUGGAUAGGUGUUCAGUAUCGCUUGGUCUAGCUCAGAAGGCGUUGAAGAGAGGCCUUUCAAUUUGGUCAAAGGCACUAGGGAUGAGCCAUUGCAGAUGGUGUCCGCCAAAUUGUUGGCAGGGCUUGCAGAAAUCUGAAUGGCAUUAAGCUGAAUAUCUAUCAUAGCAUGCAUCAUUAUCUAUCAUUCACAACCAUAUAUCCUAGGACUUCAAUUGCUCGAGCUUCUUAUGUAAAGUGUAGAAAUGCAGGAUCUUGAUCCUUGAGUUCAACCUCUCUGUUAAGU